AAUGUCUCUAAAGCCAGAUAGAAGUGUAUCCGAUGUGUUCUUUAGAUUGAGAUUUAUUUAUGGAUACAUUGUUAGAAGAAAACUGGUACGAGAAAUAAUGACCACUUUAGACCCUAAAGGAAUGUCCAGAAGGAAAGGCAAUAAACUUAAAAGAAGGCAGUACCUCAGUAAAGGUCCAAAUUGGAUAUGGCAUAUAGACCAGUAUGAUAAGUUGAGUCCAUACGGAAUACACAUCAGUGGCUGUAUUGAUGGGUUUUCUCGCUACGUGCUUUGGUGCGAAGCAGGAAUCAGUAAUAAAAACCCAAAGAAAAUUGCAGCAUAUUUUAUAAACACAUUAGAACAAGUUAAUGGAUAUCCACAUAUUGUAAGGGGUGAUGCAGGAACAGAGAAUGGGACUGUAGCAGCCAUCCAGAACUUCUUAAGAGAAGAUGAUGAAGAUUCUUUCUGCAAAAAAGCCUUUAUUUAUGGCAAAUCAACACAUAAUCAGAGGAUUGAGAGAUGGUGGGGAAUUUUACGAGGGAAAUGUACAGAUCGAUGGAUACAUCAUUUUAAGGAAUUGGAAAAGGAUGGCCAUUUUACAAUCGGGGAAAAACUGCAUAUAACAUUAGUUCAAUAUUGUUACAUGCAAAUUAUCAGGAAAGAAUUGGAGGAGGUGAAAUUGGCAUGGAAUUACCAUAGAAUCAGGAAGCAAAAAACAGGCGAUGUUGUUCCUGGGAUUCCAGAACUCCUUUAUCAUGUUCCAGAAAUGUUAGGCAAUCCACAGUGCCGAAAUUACAUUCAUCAAAUCAAUGUUAACGAUGAAAAGUUUCAGUUCCUUAAGGACCAAUGCUGCUUUGAAAAUGACCUGGAUAAAGACACUAAGGAAGCUCUUGAUGUCAUUUGUGACAAUUACCAUCCUUCAACAGAACUAGAAGCAAAAACAAUGUAUAUAACACUCAAAGAUAUACUGGAACAAUACAUUUAUCAAUAGGUUGUAAUGAAUUCUUGAUCUGAUUUAUAAAUACGUAAUAUAUUCCUAUAAUUCUCUUCCUUUUUUGUAUGUUUUCACCAGCACUGUAACAUACACUUUUUUUAUAUUAGUCUUUUACAUGCGUUAUUAUAUGGUACUGGCUUUUCUGUCCAUCAGCCUGUUCAUCUGCCUUUAUAAUCACUCUAAGCUUUUGCUUAUCAGAAUAGGUUCUUGUUUCAUUAAAGUAGACCGUGAGAAAAAAAUCGA